AUGACCAUCCAACCUCCAGACAGGAGUGGGUACUUUGAGAACAUCUCGCAGGCCUUCGACAAAGUCCAGGUUGUGGGCGGCUGGUCAUUCGGUGAGAUAGCGACUCACAUCAACAGAGAAGGAGUGGAGAUCCUGAUCGACUUGAACGGGUGGGUCAAGGGAGAGAAAUCUGAAGUUCUGGCACUACGGCCUUGCAGGACGCAGGUUCACUACAUGGCGUUUCUCAACAGCAUGUCAUGCCCUUACGUUGACUACAUCGUCGCUGAUCCUAUCGUGGCUCCCGUUUCCUAUGCCGACUGGUAUGAGGAGAAGCUGAUUCUGUUGCCGUCGUCUUUCCUGGUAACGGACCACGCGCAAAUGGAGGAGCCCGACAUGUCAGCUCAACGGUGGAGAGCGGAAGUGAACUUCUCAUGUGACAUGCGGGCAGACAGUCUUGUCAUCGGCAACUUGAAUGCCUUCUACAAGAUUGAUCCAGAAUCCUUCAGAGCAUGGCUGGACAUCUUGGCCAGAGUGAAUCAAAGUUUGCUUUGGAUUCAGUCUUGGAAUGAUCUGGGCGAGCAAAACCUUGUCAUGAAUGCGGACAUCAUGGGAGGCGACCCCUCACGGAUGUGUUUCUCCAAACCCCCUCCAGCGCUCUACAAUCGGUUGUGGAAUCAGCACUCGGUGAUUGCUGAUGUUCACUUGGACACGUUCCUCUACAACACCGUCACCACCGCAACCGAUCUCUUCUGGCUUGGCGUGCCAUCCGUAUCUCUCCCUAGCGAGAGACUGUGCUCGCGCAUCGGGGCCUCGUUCGCGCAUGCUGCUGGAUCUGAGUGCUUGACGGCAAGGAACUUGGAGGAUUACAAGCAAGUUGCAGUUCAAAUUCUAAGGAAUGGCAGGUGGAGGGAGCGGUGGAAGCGAGCGAUGAUUUCCAAGAGGAAGAAACUGAAUUUAUUCAACACAUCGAAGUGGGUCCUGCAGUGGGAAAGGGCUCUCAAGAUUCUCCGGAGACACGGUCAUGAAAACCAGCACAGGAGUCACAUCGUCAUUCACGAGUAAAUCUAAUGCUCCAUGCCAAAAACGGAGUGAGGGACGGCACUGUAAUGGUUGCUGAGGGCCUCGUCCAUCAUCUUGUCAGCGAAGGGGUGGGUGGUCUUGUAAGGAGGAUCCUGGAGCGCUUUCCUCAUCUCAUCGGACGACCUCUCGUGGUGCACCCUGCGAGGGUGCUGCAUCCUCGCAGCAGCCGGGUGACCCUCAGGCAGCUGGAUAGCGACCUCUUGACCGCCCGACACUCCUGGUGGGACAGUGACGAGCAUUGAUCCCCUGUUCGGGAUCUUGGCGAUGAAUCGCUGCCCGCUCUUCAACCCUGCUGGGACGGUGACUGCAUAUGAGCGCAGCUGGGCCGAUGCCUUGGCAUGAUGAAUCUGAUUCCUCUGCUUCAUCAUCAUUCCUCCCUCCAUCUGUGGCUGAGCAAGCUGAGACAAACCGCUGUCCUCCGAUGGCUUCAAGGUCACAGACCCUCCAACUUGUUUGCCGUAGAUCUUGUGGACAACCUUGCCGUGGUGCACAUCGUAAACAUCGUAGUUCUCGUUCAUAGCAUCCGUCUUUGCCUUCACUCUUGCCUCGUAGUUCUCCUCCAAAGCAUGGCUCCUAGCGUCCGAGAUGAUGGCAUUGAGGUUGUGGAGGAUCCUCUCUGGCUUGACAUCAUCUCCGAUCUUACCCUCUGCCGCCAUGUUCAGCCAGUUCUCCUCAGCUUGUGGAAAGUGCAUCUGAGUACGCUGAUACACGAAGUUGGGGAUGUCGUACAGCUGAGUUGUGCGAGCAUGCGGAGCGACCGCCAUCUGCUGCGAGGACGACUUCAUGUACAUGUCCAACGUCCCUCCAACCAGCAGAGUAAGAGCGGCAAGGGAGAUGCUUCCCACCAGCACUUUAUUCCUCAUCGUGUUGGUUGACAAGGAUAACAUGGUCGAAUC